AUUCAUCCUAGGAAUAAUUGCAAUCCCAGCAUAGCAAGUUGACUUUACCAUACAAAAGGCAAAAUGCCAGGAUUUGAUAGUUUUUUUUUUAAUGAUGAAACUAAAGCACUUGCUUCAUUCAUGACCUCUGUAUUUUUCCUUUUUCCUUGGAUUCAAAGAGAAAUGGAGAUUUUCAUUUUGUUAUCUACCUUGCUGUUGUUAUCCAGACCUUCUCUUGCUGAUACUAAUGAGAUUCUUGGUUUGCAAUGUUCAGGCUCUGAUAAUGCUACCCUGGAGAAUCAAUACCAAAUCAAUCUCAACAAUCUCCAGGAUUCACUUGCAGCAAAUGGGCCUGUUCACAAUGGAUUCUACACUGCCACAGCCGGGAAAGAUGCCUACAUGAUUUUUGGCCUUACCCAAUGUAGAGGCGAUAUUUCUCCCACAGACUGUGCAACUUGCAUCAGGAACUCUACCAUGGUGCGUGGCUGCUCAACUAGUAAGAACGUUACUAUAUGGCUUAAAUGGUGUCUUCUUCGGUAUUCAAACAUUAGCUUUUUUGGUGUAUGGGAUCAAUCUGCAAUGGCUUUAACCAACGAUACUAAUUUCGAAGAUUCAAACGUGGUUUCUAAAGGGCUUAACUUCAUGAAUGAGCUUGCUGCUACUGCUCCAGAGCCACCUUUGAUGUUCCAGACUGCGGUAUUGGAUGUGGGACCAAGUGGGAAGAGGUAUGGGAUGGCUCAGUGCAGCAGAGAUAUCAGCAGGAGUGACUGUGGCAAGUGCUUUAGUUACCUGUUGGUGACUUUUAGAACCACAAUUGGGAACAAAAGAGGAUGGGAGAUUUAUGGGGCUAGUUGUAGCAUGUGGUAUCAUGAUUACCAAUUCUAUUUCAACUUCUCAAUCCCCGUAAAUGAAGGAGCUGUGCAAAUCUCAAAUGAACGAGUUGCAAUUGGAUUGAUGAUCCCAGUUCUAGUGUUCCUGUUAUCUAGCCUUUGAAUGGUUUUCUUUUGGUCAGCGAAAAGACGAGGGCUGCAGUCAGCCGCACGUAAAGGAAAUUUUUUUUUUACAGGUUUCUUGCAUUUUCCAUUAGGAUAUUUACAAUUUGUUCUUUAAAUUUUACCCUAUAUU